AUGUCAACAGCCUCCGCCUUCCCACACGAACAAGAAGUCCUACUUCCGCCCGGUACACCAUUCCGAAUUGCCGAUCUUACAUAUGGCAACCGAACCAAAAAAACCACAAUCCACUUACAAACGACUACAUAUUACACAGCUACUGUACGAUCAUUACCUUACUCCUUUCGCGCUCAUCGUCGUUUCUAUUCAACUCAAAUAUCUGGCGUGCUUUCACAGGCAUGUGAAAGUUCGGUUGUUGAAGGUGAUGAUGGCCUCAUUUCAUACUCAUAG